AUGAAUCACUACAGUUGCGUUGCUCGAAGUGAGGCUACUUUGUUAUCUGGAGUUUCCAGCAAUCCAGUGAUCCUGAAUGCUCACUUUCCUCCUCAAAGCGUCAAAGUUUAUCUUCGCAGCACAAGUGGUGGCGGUUCUGCCUCAUCAGACGCUGGGCAUUCUCAUGAGACGGGAUCACAAGUUACACUUGGACCAGGGGCCGGGUUUCGAAAGGGUGGCACAUUGAUUGCUAGUGGUGAACAGGUGAUAAUUGGAUGUCAGGCAGAUUCCUCGAAUCCGGUGGCUGUGCUACGCUGGCGCAAAUACAGAUGUGGCCGACAGCAGCGUCUCCGACUCUUUUCUAGCAAUCCAAAUGUUCUGGCUACUGCCGGCAUUGGCUCAGCCACUAUGACGAAUAGUGAAAGUCGAGUUCUGCCAACAUCUGGCCAAAUUAAUGCAGGCUCUAGUAUGAUUCAGCCGAUUAGAGAAGAAGCUGAGAUUAACGUGAUGACCAACAAGUCGGCAGAAGCACCGCCUGCUUGUGAAGCGAUAGAUAUUGACGGUAAGCGGCAGACCCAAUGUUUCAACAUAAUUAGAGAAAGAGAAGAAAUAUUACAUACAUGGCGAAAAUGCAAAUGGUGCUUAAAAUUAAUUCGUAUAUCUUAA